GUCCAGUAGAAAUAGCAGUUGGUAGCUAACCGACGGAAGGGGAAAUUUGCAGCAGCAUAUUAAAAAUGCUUGGUUCUGUAGUACACGGUUGAGGAUGUAGCCACUCAAUGGAUGCAGGAGUCGGAAGUCAGAUUAGUCUCCUUGGAAACCAGAGACAGGGAUGCGAUACCAGCAACCUCCAUUAGCAGAGCACUGAAGGAAAAGACGGACGCCCAAGCUGAUGCUUUUCAGUUAGACAGACAACAAAAAAUUUUCAUAUGAAGUUCACAUUUUAUGGAAUCUGAUAUGGACUAUGAGAGACCAAAUGUUGAGACCAUCAAAUGUGUGGUUGUUGGGGACAAUGCAGUUGGCAAGACCCGGCUCAUCUGUGCCCGUGCCUGCAAUGCCACUCUCACCCAGUACCAGCUGCUUGCUACACAUGUGCCCACUGUCUGGGCUAUAGACCAGUACAGAGUGUGUCAAGAGGUUCUAGAGCGUUCUAGAGAUGUGGUGGAUGACGUCAGUGUGUCCUUACGACUCUGGGACACAUUCGGGGACCAUCACAAGGACCGACGCUUUGCUUAUGGCAGGUCUGAUGUGGUGGUGCUGUGCUUUUCCAUUGCCAACCCAAACUCCUUGCACCAUGUGAGGACCAUGUGGUACCCUGAAAUUAAACACUUUUGUCCAAGAGCUCCAGUUAUCUUAGUAGGCUGCCAGUUAGACCUGAGAUAUGCGGAUCUGGAAGCAGUGAACAGGGCCCGACGACCUCUGGCCAGGCCCAUAAAAUCCAAUGAGAUUUUGCCACCAGAGAAGGGCCGUGAAGUGGCCAAAGAACUUGGCGUCCCAUAUUAUGAGACAAGUGUGGUUGCCCAGUUUGGAAUCAAAGAUGUGUUCGACAAUGCCAUCCGUGCAGCCCUGAUUUCACGGCGCCACUUGCAGUUCUGGAAGUCACACUUGCGCAAUGUCCAGCGACCUCUCCUUCAAGCCCCCUUUCUUCCUCCCAAACCUCCUCCACCGAUUAUAACAGUGCCUCCUCCCCCCAGCAGUAUGGAGGAGCACCCAGGGCGCUUGCUGGAGGACCCACUGUGUGCAGAUGUUGUUCUAGUAUUGCAGGAGAGCCAAAGAAUUUUUGCCCACCGUGUCUACCUUGCUACGGCCUCAUCCAAAUUUUAUGACCUCUUUCUGGUAGAUCAUCGAAUGUCUGAAGAAAAGAGAGAAAAGGAACGGACUCGGGUUCCUCUUUCUGGACGCGAGCUGCUUAUGCGAGCGGCCAGCUUUGAUGUUUGCGAAAGUAACGAUGAGAGGGAGCGAGCAAACCUGCGAGCCUGCACCAGUGAUGGCACUCUCAGAGGAGGGGAAGGAAGUAGACUGCUCCCAGCCUUCAGUCGAGCUUUUGUGAGCGUACGUGAAGAAAUGGUGGACGAUCCUGUGACAUUAAAUGCCAGACCAGUGACAGUGGUACACAUGGACCCUUCCAUGCAGCUGGGACCGUUCCGUGCUGUUUUGCGCUAUCUAUAUACAGGGAAGUUAGAUGAGCAUGAGAAGGAGUUAAUGCAGGUGGCCCACAUUGCUGAGCUGCUGGAGGUUUUUGACCUCCGCAUGAUGGUGGCAAACAUUCUGAAUGACGAGGCUUUCAUGAACCAGGAGAUUACAAAGGCCUUCCAUGUGAGGCGCACCAAUCGAAUCAAGGAGUGCCUGGCCAAGGGGACCUUCUCUGAUGUGGUGUUCAAGUUGGAUGAUGGUACAAUAAUGGCCCAUAAACCUCUGCUCAUCUCAAGCUGCGACUGGAUGGCAGCCAUGUUUGGAGGACCUUUUGUAGAGAGCUCUACUAAGGAGGUGUUAUUCCCAAACACCACCCGUAGCUGCAUGCGUGCAGUGCUGGAGUACCUCUACACAGGCCGAUUCUGUUCUCGUCCAGACCUGGACGCUAUGGAGCUCAUCGUCCUUGCAAACCGUCUCUGUCUGCCACACCUGGUUGCACUGACAGAGCUAUAUACUGUGACUGUGCUCAUGGAGGCUGCCAUGAUGGGAGCUGAUAUUGAUGGAGAUGUACUGGUUUUUCUGGAAAUGGCUCAGUUUCAUGGUGCCUAUCAGCUGGCUGGAUGGUGCCUCCACCACAUCUGCACCAAUUACAAUAGCGUCUGCCGCAAGUUUCCUCGUGACAUGAAGGCCAAAUCACCAGAAAAUCAGGAAUACUUUGAAAAGCAUCGUUGGCCUCCAGUCUGGUACCUGAAAGAAGACGAUCAUUACCAACGUGCACGUAAAGAGCGGGAGAAAGAGGACUACCUGUACCAGAAGCGCCAGUGUAAACGCAAGUGGCUCUUCUGGAACCUUCCGUCCUCACCAUCUUCUAACUCACCCUCCUCUCCUGGAUCCUCUGCUGUCAUGUGAUUGACCAAGAUUGGAGGCCUUAUCGAACAGCCCUAGGAUAUAAAUGCACACAUCAACAGGGACAAUUUAUAGAGGCUGCUUUUUUCAACCAGCAGGAAUUAUUUAAAAAAAUUAAAAAAAAAAAACAAAUACAAUCCUGGUUUAAAUUCUAAGUUCUUGGAAGUUGCAAUCUUGAAAUCUUUGCAAUGACUAAAAAACAAACCACUACAGAAGGCCUGACAAAUAUGGUAUAAAUGUUUUGGCACUUCAGUCUACAGUCAGUCAGCACUUUUUUUAAAGACUAGGAUUUGACAUUUUUUCCCCUCUACAAGUACUUCUUAAGAUUUCAUGUUCUGCAUGGAGAGGCAUGCAGAUUUUUGCCAUAGCGGAACGUUACACCAGGAUUUUACAGUACAAACGAUCCAGUGGCACAACUGAGUUCUCUGGAAUCAAACCACAUUUUUUUUACUCUGCUCAUGUGAAAACAUAAUCUUGAAUCUUAAUAGCAAACCGGUCUGAAUGGUGACAGUGAAUUGUUUAUUCUGCUUACUAUCUCUACUUUGUGGUGACCUUUCCAAAAGGGCUCAUUUCUCCUCUUGUAAUUGGACCUGUAUAGCAUUUUUACCUGACAAAUUGUAAAAGUAAAUUUGAAGCUGAAAUGAUAAUUGCACAAACAAUUUUUGGCUGACACUCAGAAAGCCCACCAUACCACUAACUAUUAUGAUAUAAUUAUUAUACUCAGGGCAUCAAACAUCUUAACUAAGAUUUAAAACCGUUUGCUGCCCAGUCAAGUCAAGCUAUGCCUCUGGGACUCCUCAAACAAAUGUGUACAACUGCACAAUGCCCAGACUUUUAUGUAGCCUGUGUCACACUUGCUGCAGUCUUUACCAAAGUAAACUUUUAAAUGCUUUACUUAAAGGGUGUCUGCAAUACAUCCUGAGAGAAGCCAAUUGCCUAGUUUCAAGUCUACUAUGUUACCUUAUAACUUAAUAAUAUUAUAAUAGUGAGAACCACUAUAUUACAUUAACUGGAUAAAGCAUUUGAAAUUACAUUAGGAACUAAACUCUCCCUGUAGUAGCACUCCAAGAGAGCAAAUGAAACAUCUUUGCUUUACUUUGAAAACGCUUAAAAAGCUGAUGUUGGAUGUUCACAUAUAUAGUUUGUUUAUGUGCAAACCAGAAAAAGCCUCCCGUUUAAGUUUUACAUUACAAGGUAAUACUGUUUUAUUUAAAGGUGCUUUCCCAAUUGGAGAGCUGCCACGUUCAGCUACAAGUCUAUUAUAACACCUUACAUUUUAAUGUAGUGUACUAUAUUAGAUGUUUUGGAUUACAACUGGAACCAAAUUCUGAAGGGUGGGAGCUCAUACAGAGCAGAGUUUACCAAAAUAUCUUCACUGGUGAACACUGCAUGUCACAUUAAUAUAUUGGUAAUAUUAGAUAUUUACAUUACAGUACUGUAAGCACAUGGGCAAGCUCUGUUAUUGAAAUGUAUUUGCAAACAGUAUUACAAUUUAUGUAGAUAGGAAAUAAUCCUUAUACUAAUUAAGUUUUAAGACUCUAGUAGAAUGUAGAUAGAAUCUAAAGCAAGCAAAUUAAAGUUAUAUUAUUAUACUUAUAUAAGAUGCAAAAACACUGAGAGAAAAUAAUGUAUGUACAAUAAAUGCCCAAAAUGCUAAAUGCUUUUAAACAGAGUCCUGUUUACAAUGCUUUAUUAAAACUCCUGGUAGCUGGGUAUGCUGCAAGCAUGGUACAUAUAGAGUAGUAAAAACUGAACCUCAUUGUAGAUACAGCAUUUAAUUCAUGUCCAUUUUAACUGACUUGUAAAAGCAAAUAUAAUUGUUCCCUCAGAUAGGCAUCAGGUAAUGUGGUUAGUUAGACUAGUCAUGUUACUUUACAUUGGCCAAGAAUUGGAUUCUGUGACUGACCGAUGAAACCAAAUUGUUUUGGUACGUAUUGUGUAAAUAGAGAAAAAAGUAACAAAAAAAUGUAUUAUUUUUGUAUAUAUGCAAACAGCUUUGACUGAAAGGCUUCU